GUAAAAAUAAUCAACCCAUGCACUCCACUUAGUUGAACACAGACACCUCCUUCCUUGUUAGAUGAUAUUGCAGCAUCUUGACAAUCAUCUUGCAGUGAUUUAUUUUUUUGUUCUAUCAGAUAUGUGGCUCUUUCGUACCAUUGUCGCUAUCGUUGGAAAAGGUUUGUCUGAAGCUUCGUUCACGACUGUGUUCCUGUAUACGACAGAAUUGUACCCCACUGUCGUCAGGCAAAAUGGCAUGGGCUACAAUAGCUUCAUGGGUCGCCUGGGUGCUUCGAUCACUCCUCUGGUCUUGCUACUGGAGGAUGUGUGGAAACUCCUUCCCCAGGUCAUUAUCUGUGCAUUGGCCAUGCUCUCCGGCCUGGUGGCCCUGUUACUUCCGGAGACCCAUAACAUCCGCUUGCCAGAGACGAUUGAGGACAUCGAAAAGCCUGGGAAUUCAUCACCUUGUGUUGCAGCCCAAGAAAAGUGUGAGCAGCCACUCAAACCCCUGACCAGCGAUGUGAAAGAAAUUGCUCCUGAGUGAUAACUUUUUCACCUUUAAACAUUAAAGAUUGUAGGCAUGGACUGAACUUUUAAUGGAAAAAUUGUAAUUUCUUCUAAGA